AUGAAGUUCGAAAACCCAAAACCAGAAGAUCUCGAGUUUGAAUUUCUUCUGGAUAAAGCUGAGUGCUUGAUAACCGUGAGAAAGUACAGAGAUUUUAAUGAUGACACUGCAAAGAAACUUUUUCCUGUGAGCUCUGCCCAGUAUUUCCCUUCAACUACCUACACAGUGCCUGCAAAGUACUUUUCCGAGCCUUUUUGGAUUGAAGAGAAGCGACGCCUUCAAAGGGUUCGCGAUGUUUGGGAAGCUAAUAGAAAUUUGCUCGAAAAAGACGUCUCGUUGAGCAUGGUAAGCGAGCCAAAAUACAUUGAUUGCAUGGCCGGCGUCGUAACCAUCAUCGAGAUGUGCAAGUGGAUGCUAAAUGCCUGUUGGGAAGGCGAUCGAAGCAAACCACCGAUUCCUCUCCAUCUAUACAGGAUAAGGAUGAAAGAGUUGGAGGAGUCACUCAGAACAUUCAAAAAGAAAACACCAAUACGUAACAAGGAAAGGGAAACUGAAAGGAAUGUCUCCACACCGUCACCCACUGCUCAAUCUGCUUCCACUAAUAACACGCCAACAAACGCUGAGUCUCGUAACAAUUCCGCUGCAAGUUCCGCAACAAAGAGAGGAAGAAGAAGUGCCAAGAAGCUUGAAGAAACUGGAGAGAAAAAGGUCAACAUUAGCAUCGCAGUUGACGAUCCGAACGACGAUCUUAUUUCGCGUGUCAAAAGAGGUCAACGAAACCGAAGACCUGCUCGAUCAUUCACACCUGGAUGGACACCACCAGGAUCUCCGACUGCCAGUAAGCCGACUCCUACCAAGUCCAAAACUCUAUCAUCAGCUGGCAGGGAUACUCCACCUGUCAACAAAACUGUUCCGCCUUCUUCAUAUUCUCAAACAGCCGGUCCACUGUCGCCUGACAGUGGACGUCCCAGUAGUAAUGAGUCCAGUGAUGUUUCAAAUCCGGUGAAGGAUACUGUUACAAAACCUACUGCUCUACAGCAGAAGGAACCUGCGCCUACAGUUGAGGAAUGUCCUCGGACAUCCAUUCCAAAUAGAAUCGCUGAAAAAUCAGGUCCGUCGCAAAAUGCGCAGUCUCCACUCGUAACUACACCGCUAUCCACCCCUAACAUCCCUUCCCGCCCGACUACUCUGCACCAAGCAAUAUCUCCUCGGCCACCUCCGCUCAAUCUUACUGAACAGGAUCUUGUAGCAAUCUGGAAGGAGAGAAUAAAGCUAGGCGAUGUUCGCAUUACACUUUUGAAUAUGUUUGGUUCAGACGGAAAGCCUCAAUAUCAUUUUAUUCCACUGAUGAUUGAAACGAUUGACAAGGCGAUUGCGGCUCUAGAGAAGAACGAUCUGAUUUCUUUCUAUAUGCACAAAGCCGCCAUCGAAGCCGGCUGUAAUCAACUAGGAAAUAUAAUGCGCUCUUGUAACCCAGUUGAACCGACUAGCCAGCUAGCUUCUCUGGCCACUACAAUGGGAAUCAAUCCAGCGCCAUUCAUGUCUAUGCUACAACCUUCUACUUCGAGUGCUGGGUUGAACCCUAACAUGCUAGUCGAUCUUCAUGAGGCUGCUACCGUUGUGGCUGCUCGAGAACAAGUGAACGGAGGCUAUUUAUUCGCACCGCAGCAACCUUCGGAUCAGUUUCCAGGAUUUAUAGAGCGAGACCUCUCGAGAGGUCUACUUUGA